AUGUCCGAAACAAUCACUUCACCACAGCCAGAAGCAAGUACAAGUGCAGGUACGAGUCACGAUGCGGUCCCCGCUCGGACCACCGGACGAACGCGAGUGAAAUCGCAGAGGGUAUUAGAGGCCGAAGAGACUAAACGAUAUCUUCACAAGCAGGCGCAGGCGCAAUCACAGGCCGAGGAAGUGGUCUCAGCACUCGAGAAACCUGCAUCAAAGUCGAAAUCACAAGCGAAAGGGAAGAAGAGCAAAGGCAAGAAAGUAGCUGAAGGACAGGUAUAUUGCAUCUGUAAGACCGAUAAUGAUGGGCCGAUGAUCGAAUGUGGAGAAUGUAAUGAUUGGUAUCAUUUCAAUUGCAUGGGUUUGACCGAUGACGAAGCCGAGAAAAUCCAUGUGUAUGUGUGUCCUGAAUGUACUGAGACUACAAAUAAGAAGACGACCUAUAAGUACGACAUCUCGACGUUCCCUUCCCCUUCACCCCCACCAGGUGUAAUCCCAACCAAGAGGAAGUCUUCCAAACAGAAACAAGAACAAAAACAAAAACAGCCAAAAGCUACUCGUACACCCUCUCAAACUUCCGACGUCGUAUCGUCCUCAGGUUCAGAAUCAGAAGCGGAAAUCGUCCAUUCCUCAUCUUCUCGUCAUUCGUCAGUCCAACCCACCCCUCCUCCUCAAAGUAAGAAACCUCGAACAUCGAUAUCCGCCGACAUAAAGCGUAAACCAUCCGUCGCAAUUGAUCGAAAACCCUCAAUUGACAGUAAACCUUCGAGCGGUAGUGGGAUAUCAGGCUUACCACCAGUCCGGAAAUAUGUCAGAGAGAAAUUCAUACCUUUGUUUACCAAAGUUUUCGGUAAUACUACUCCCCACGAGAAGAUCGAGAGGUUCAGUGCGGAAGUAGAAGAUGGUAUAUAUAGCAAUUUUAAGGAUGUAGUUAAUGGUAAAGAAAUUGCUGGAACUAGGUAUAAAACUCAAUUCAACUUACUUUCAUCCUCAAUCGCUCGAGGUCUUCGUCCAGACUUAAUCGCAUCUAUAACCUCUCAUACGCUCAUCCCACUUCAGAUAGCUACAUUGACCUCAGCAGAUCUAGCAAGUGAAGAACAGCGGGCUGCUAUCCAAAGAGCCAAACAAUCCGUGUUGGAACAAACGGUAAAAUCGAAAUCUGAUUCGGAACCUUCUUCAUCUAUAAGAUUGGGCAGAGAUGGAUUUGAAAAAGUUGAGAAUGCACAUGAGAAGGAGAUGAUCCUUUUAGCUCAACAGGAAGAAUUGGCCAGAUUGAAGGCUGAAGAAGAUAAGAAACGAGAAUUGGAAAAGAUUAAUAAUCCCUCUUCGGACGUAUCGGUAUCGGUAUCUGAGAAGUCACCAAUGACGAAAGACCAACCGAAAUUUAAAGUUGAACAUAAAAGAUCUGAAUCGAUUGAUACCAAUACGAUUCUACCUUCUCCGCUCAGGCAGACUUCAUUAAUUGUCAACUCGGCUUGGAACAAGGAUCGUGAUCGUGAGGAGAAUGAUGAUGAUAAUGCGAAUAGAGAAGAAACUUUCAAUGUUGAUCAGAGUAAUUUGGAUUUGAGUGAUAUAAUAGGUGAUACAGAUAUGGAGAUAGAUGAUGAAUUGAAUGAUAAACCUGAAGAAGUAAAAAAAAGUGAGAUUGAGGUAUUUGAAUCGAAAGAAAUCCUAUGGUCAGGAGGUAUUGUCAACCCUGCGAAUUUAUCCAAGAUUAUCCCUCCAAUGAGUCUCCGACUAACAUGUCGUCCAUCUUCUUCCUCUUCCACUUCUAUCGACUGGAAUGUGUUACUACCUCAUAAAACCAUCGAAAUCACCGGUAGAGUACCUACCGCGAACUCCCUCCAAUACUUAAGUGAUAUGCGAUUAAAUCCAACCAAGGAGUUGAUCACCAUUGCGUUUAGUUUGGAUGGAAGUGCGAAAGAUGAAGAGAUUUUAACGUGGGAGGAGAUGGUAGAUUAUCAUAUCUCGAGGGAUCGUCAUGCGAUUUAUCUUCCAUACGGUUCUCAUCCCCCUCAAGGAGCAGCGAAAGAAUUAUACCUAAUUCCUCUCAGACCGCAAGAUGAUUCUCCUGAAUUUACAGAAUUGAUCGAUGGGUAUUCACUUCCAAAGAAGGGUAGAUCCACAUCGGUAUUUCUAGGUAUUUUCAUUUUUAAUAAAUCCAGCACACCUACACCUGCACCUGCAGCAAGACCACCUCAACCUCAACCCCAACCCCAGUCUACACCUAGUUCAGCUUCAGGUUUAGGUGUACCGGUCAUUCAAAAUGAUCAACUUCAAGCUCUCAUGGCUAGUCUCAACCCUACAGCACUCCAAAGUCUAGUAGGCGGUAUCACUCCGACACCUAUACCUACGGGUGGGUCUACUCCGCCAAUAGUCGCGGGCGGUACGAUGCCUACGCAGUAUCCUGUCAGUCAAUAUCCCUAUCAAAAUCAGUACCCACAACAACAACAGCAACAAGGUUAUUUACCUUACCCUCCUUCAUCUGGUGGGUAUACACCCCAACCUCCAUCGGGACCGACUAGAGAUUGGAGGGACAGAGAAAGGGAAAGGGAAAGAGAAGGUGGGAGUGGAAGAGAUCCGAGGAAAAGAGAUAAUGGUUGGGGAAAUAGAGACAGAGAUAGGGAUAGAAGGUAUUAA